GCCGCUGGCCACAGGGCGUCAGACUACAGCUCCCAGGGAGCCUGCCGGGGAGGGCUGCGAGGGUCUCGCUCUGGGCGUCUGCGGGCGAAGCGAGACCGUUUCCCGGCAGAGACCCCGCUGCUGUGCCCGACCCGACUGGGAAGUCCAAGGCGGAGGGGCGGAAAGCCCCAGAGUCCCUGCCGAGUCCCUGGAAACAGCCCUGCCUCCCUGACGGCCCCGGUUGUCGUUGUUGUUGUUUAUACUUAGAGCACGAAAUUCCUCCCCAGCGCCUCCUCCCUCCCGCCCCACCUGCUCCUAAUCCUCCAGCAGUAACGCCAGUAGGGAGCCUGCGCCCUCAUUGCCAAGGGUACUUGAGUUCGCACUCAGCCACCAUGGGGAAUGGGAUGAACAAGAUCCUGCCUGGUCUCUAUAUUGGCAACUUCAAAGAUGCCAGAGAUGCAGAGCAGUUGAGCAAGAACAAGGUGACCCAUAUUCUCUCUGUCCACGACAGUGCCAGGCCAAUGUUAGAGGGGGUUAAAUACCUGUGCAUUCCAGCAGCCGAUUCACCAUCUCAGAACCUGACAAGACAUUUCAAAGAAAGUAUUAAAUUCAUUCAUGAGUGCAGGCUGAGGGGAGAAGGCUGUCUUGUGCACUGCCUGGCCGGUGUCUCCAGGAGUGUGACUCUGGUGACUGCAUACAUCAUGACCGUCACUGACUUUGGCUGGGAAGAUGCCCUACACACUGUGCGUGCCGGGAGGUCCUGUGCUAACCCCAACCUGGGCUUCCAGAGGCAGCUGCAGGAGUUUGAGAAGCAUGAAGUCCAUCAGUACCGGCAGUGGCUGAAGGAAGAAUAUGGAGAGAACCCCUUGAAGGACACAGAAGAAGCCAGAAACAUUCUGGGUAAAUAUAAAGAGCAAGGGCGCAUGGAGGCCCAACCUGGCAUGUGGAGGGGGACCAGCUUGCAGGCCCUGCCUCCUCUGGCCUACAGCAACUAUACUACGGAAACCUAAUGCUGCGACCUGGUGCCUGCCUUGCCACCAGGUGCCCUGGUGUGCUGGUGGCCACCUUGCCUUGGAGGACAGGAAGGGAGGGUGGCGAAGAUGGUGGAUCCAGACUCCAUCCCAGGACUUCGCCGAGCCUUGCCUCAGGCGCCUCUACUCUGCCCACUCCUGUCACUCCAAAACUUGAUGCACUGUCUGGGGGCUGCCCUGCUUCCCCACACUUUCACAUAUCUGUGUGCAUGUGCACAUAUGUGUGAAUGUGUCCGUGUGUGAGUGUGAACAGUGCUGAACAGUCACAAAAUCCACCCUGCCAGGAUUGAUAUUGCUACCUUUCCCUUGGUCCAAGACUCCAAACAGAAGGCUUUAAAGUUGACAUCUGAAAUGCUGCUCAGCCAGAAGCAGCCAUGCCUGUGAACACACAGUGAGAACUGCAGGCCAAGCUGCUGAGAGCAGCAGCCUCCACAGAACCAGGAGCCAUCUGGCAGGGCAGCAGGGGGCCAGACUCCCUCCCAAGGAGGGUUCCAGGGACCUCAAGGUGAGGGCAGCCGGUACUCUGAGCAUUGCCUAAACCUUAAUGAAAGUGCCCUGGGUCUUGGCUUCUUGCUGCCUGAAGUCAAGGCCCCCUUUUUACUCCAUUAGGUCCCCAAGUUCUACUUGGUGUUUGUUCUCUGUUGGCACCAAUUGCAUUUUAGUUCCACAGGGAGCAGUAGCAGUUCAGCCAAAGCGGUGUGCCCAGAGUGCCCUUCCUCUCCCCUCCUGUACAGCUUCACUCCCAACCUCUUGCUAUUAUUCUCACUCUGCAAGGGGCCCUUCAGAAGAUUUGCAUGCACUGUUAGGUAUUGGAAAGAACGAGCAUUUAUUAGGCAUUGUAGCAGUUUGCAUUGAAAAAUACAUUAUAAAAUGCCUGAGCACUUAUUAGGCACCUUCGUGUAUGCUGUGGAUAUAUUUGAUCUUAGCUACCUCAUUAAAUGUUUUUUGAAAAGAUGUUUUUCAUUAUUCCAAUCAACUCGGCCUCACAGUUGAAAAUGUUCAGUCAUGAUUACUUUUGAAGCCAAAGGGGAAAGCAUCAGUGUUGUUGAGCUAUUUAAAGUUUCUGAUUUGGCCUCCAAUAAUGCUUUGUAGUGGGUAAAUUUCCACAUUCAGGCCAAGGCCAGCAGGCUGAAGAGCAGCUGCAGUUUGCAGCUUGGGGCAGCAGGCCUCCUGGUGCUCCCUGAGCAGCUGUGUGCUGCAGGCCUUAAUACCCGCAGAGAUGCUUUAAGCAGGCAGAGCCACAGAAUGAAAAAAUAUCCUCGCCUCUCCCUAAAAAGAUGAUGUAGUCUAUUUCUCUGACCCCACCAGAAAAAGAGCCUCCGAAUAAGAAGAGCAGUUAUCCCAUGCAUUUUAGAGCAUGUGUCACAGAGGAGCUGUUGGGGACCAGGAGAAUGAAGUCACCUGACUCCACACACUCUUCUUGAAAGGGAAACAUGGCCACCGAAUUAUUCAUAUGUAGAUGGAACAAUUUGCCUGUAGUUUUUUUCCUCUUAAACCAAAAAGAAAUGUAAAUAUGUUAAUUGGAAAAGUAUUUAGGAUAUCAGCUUGAAUGUGUAAGUGUGUGUACACUUAAGAACAUCUAAAUAUAUUCCUGCAGAUCUUGAAAAGUUUUAAUAUUUGUUGCCAGUAAUGUUCUUUCUCCACAGCCACACCUGGAAUUCUGAAGUACUGGGCCUUUCUCAGAAGACUGUAAUGCACCUGAAGUUUCUGAAAUAUUGCAAAGCCACAGAGUUUAGUCUGGUGCUGCCAAAAAGAAAAGCAACCUAGAGUUUAUUUUUAAGUAUCCAGAAGUGAUUUGUAAACUUUUUUUUUAUUUUAACUGAAUACAUAUGCGAUAGUAUUAUAUGUUGAGAACUAAGGAUACUCUUUAGCAAAAGAAUAUAUUUUACCUUAAUUUCACUGCUGCAGCUAUUUCUUUAACCUUGACUUUGAUGCCUGUAAAGAGCAGUCUCAGCACCUGCUGCCGUGUUUCCGUUAUCAUUAGUGAUCUGACUACUUCUCAUGAUGGUGGUUGUGCUGUGUAAACCUGUUCGUGUUCUUCUAUUUCCCAGCUGAGGAUAUCUCUCGGUGUGUUUUGUCCAUGGUUUGUGUUUUCUGUGAUGGCAUUUACGAACAACUACACAUUUUUGUUAAUAAAAGGCAACUUAGCCACAUUUA